CAGGGUUGGGAUUGGAGGUCAGUUUUGGGCUGGCAUGUGUGAUUUGGGUGUGCCAGGUGUGGGUUUUGGAGGGUCAGGUGUGUGUUGAGUGGCAGUUUUGACGGAUCGCAGGUGUGAUUUGGGUGUGUUAGGUGUGUGUAUGGGGUUUCAGGUGAGUGUUUGGGAGGACAGUUUUGGGAGGUCUCCAGUGGGUUUUUUGGGUUCAGGUUUGUUUUGGGGGUCCAGGUGUAUUUGGAGGGCCCGAUGAGUUUUAGGCGGUUACAUGUAUUUUAGGGAGUCAUGUGUUUAGGGAGCUUAGGGUAUUUUGGAGCAUCAGAUGUGUUUUGUGGAUUAAUUUUGAGAGUUUGGGUGUAUUUUGAGGAGUUAGGAGCCCCCCCGCCAUGGAUGACCUGAACCUGCACUUCAGGUUCCUGAACUGGCGCCGCCGGAUCCGGGAGAUCCGGGAGGUGCGGGAGGGCCGAGACCGGGACCGGGAUCGGGGCCUCCGCUGCCAGGAACGCGCCCGACACAUCCUGGUGGACGGGGACACCCUCAGCUACCGCGGCCCCUCGGGCGAGGUCGGCUGUUACGUGGCCCCGCGGCCGCUGACCCGCGACAGCAACUACUUCGAGGUGUCCAUCGUGGACAGCGGGGUCCGCGGCACCAUCGCCGUGGGGCUGGUCCCGCACUGCCACAGCCUCGAGCACCCCCCGGGAUGGGGGCCCGGCUCUGUCGCCUACCACGCCGAUGAUGGAAAGCUCUACAGUGGCCGGGCCAAGGGGCGCCAGUUUGGCUCCAAGUGCAGUUCUGGGGACCGGAUCGGCUGCGGCGUUGAGAGGGGCUCGUUCGGGGCCCCCCCAGCCCAGGUUUUCUUCACCAAGAAUGGCCAGAGGGUGGGGGGUCUGGGGGUGCCACUGUCGCCCCCGGGGCUGUUCCCAGCCGUGGGGCUGCACUCACUGGGGGAGGAGGUUCGGCUGCAUCUGCCGCCACCCGGGCCCCCCGAGGACGAGGGGGGUGCGAUGCUGGUGGACAGCCUGGAGGAGGAGUGGGGGAGGCUCCAUGACGUGCGGCUCUGUGGCUCCGUGUUGGAAUACGUGGGGAAAGGGAAGAGCAUAGUGGAUGUGGGGCUGGCCCAGACCCGGCGGCCGCUCAGUCCCCGCAGCCACUACUUCGAGCUGGAGAUCCUGGACCCGGGCGAGAAGUGCUACAUCGCCUUGGGCGUGGCCAGGAAGGAUUACCCCAAAAAUCGUCACCCCGGCUGGAGCAGGGGCUCGGUGGCCUAUCAUGCGGAUGACGGAAAGCUGUUCCAUGGCAGCGGGGUGGGGGAUCCCUUUGGCCCCCGCUGCUACAAGGGCGACGUGAUGGGCUGUGGGAUCAUGUUCCCUCGGGAUUAUGGCCGGGACAGCGAAGGUGACAGUGAUGAUGCCUCAGAGCCCCCUGAGGUGAAGGUGAAGGUGCGCAAUGUGAUGUACCUGGAGGAGGAGGAGGAGGAAGAGGAAGAGGAGGAGGAAGAAGAGGAUGGGGAGGACAUGGAGCAGGAAGGCAGGAAAGUCGUGGUGUUCUUCACGCGGAACGGGACAGUCGUGGGGCGUAGGGAGGUUGGGGUCCCCCCUGGGGGUCUCUUCCCCACUGUGGGGAUGCUCAGCACUGGCGAGAGGGUCAAGGUGGACCUGCACCCCCUGAGCGGAUAAAGGGGGGGCCAGCGUGGGACUCCCAAAACCUGAAACCCUCUGGUGCUCCCGGACCCACCCUGGGCUCUCCCAGUGCACUUUAGGGUGUUUGCACAACAAUGGAGACCCCCCCCAAGGUGGUAUUUGGGGUUUUACUCCUGCCCCCCCCCAUAAUUUUGGGGACUCUUUGGGGGGGGGGGUCCCCUAAAUUUAAUCCCUCCAUUGGCCCCUCAAAAGUACCCCAAUGUUGCCCCCCAAGGUGGUUUUUGGGGGUCUCAACCAUGGCCUCCACCAUAUUUUUGGGGGGCCCAUUCCUGCCCCACCCCCAUGUUUUUGGGGGACUCAAUCCUGCCCCCCCCAGUUAUCCCAAUGACCGCUUCAGGUGGCUUUGGGGGGUCUCAGUCCUGUCCCUUCCACCACUGGUGAACCUUGUGCACCCCCCAGAACCCCCCAAAUCACCCUUUUGACUCUCUCCAGUCACCCCAACCCCUUCCACUCCACUGAGUCUCCAGUGCCCCCCCCAGAUCACACCUGUGCCCUGCCAUCUCUUCCAGCGCCUCACAUUCUUGGGGGGCUCCAGGGGGCAGAAUUAGGGGUUCCCCCCAUCAUGAAUGUAACCUGGCCCUUCCAAUCCCGUGGGACCCCCCAGACCCCCAGUUCUUCGGUGGGGGCUGGGCUGGUUUUGGGGUCCCCUUUGAUGUUUGCACAUGGUGGGGUGUCCCCAUGCCCCCCCUCAUCAAA